AUGGCCUUGCAAAUACAACUUCUGAAUCAACAAUUAGUUAGGUUCAAAGAUGGUGACAGAAUGGAAGACAUUGUUAAUAGGGAGAAAGGAAAAAAUUCAAUGUUGAUGACAUUUUUCAAGAAUAAUAAAGCAGACUCCAAUGCGAGAAAAUAUUUGUAUAAGGAUUUUCCCAAACAUUUUACAUGGAAUCGGAGCAACCAUUGUUGGAGGACCGGGAAACAUAAACCAAUGAUUGGUCGACUGGUUUAUGUUAAUCCAACUGAAGGAGGGAGAUACUACCUACGCCUGCUUUUAUGUCAUAUUACCGGGCCUACCUGCUUUGAAGAUUUAUACACAUCCAAUGGUGUAUUACACUCUACAUUUCGAAAAGAAACUCUUGAAAGAGGUUUAAUAGAGACUGAUGAUAAUUUAUCACAAUAUCUUGUAGAGGCUUCCUUAUUUCAAUUUCCUGGUGCACUUAGAAGGUUAUACGUGACGAUGCUGAUUUUUUGUGAACCAGGAAAUGUUCGCAAGUUAUGGGACGACCACUAUAGUUCUCUUUCUGAAGAUAACAGGAAACACUAUGGAUGUGCCGAACGAGAGCAAAAUAUGGUCCUCAUCAAUAUUAUAGUCUUCCUAGAAUCUAUGAGUAAAAAGCUUAGUGAUUACGACCUUCCAAAUGUCAGCACACACAUCGAUUUACAAUCAAGAGGCUAUCGUGAGGGCGUGUUCUCCAUAGAUGGUCCCGGUGGAAAUGGAAAGACAUUUUUGUACAAAGCUUUGUUGGCCAAUAUUUGUGCCUGUGGUCUUAUUGCACUUGCAACUUCUACGUCAGGUGUUACGGCUAACAACAUGCCAGGAGGGAGAACAACUCAUUCAAGAUUUGGAAUUCCCCUUAAUAUUGUUAAUAAAUCAAUGUGCAAGAUCACUAAACAAAGCGGCAAGGCUCAGCUACUUCGCGAGGCAAAGCUCCCUUUUGGUGGAAAGAUAAUGGUUAUGGUAGGUGACUUUAGACAAGUAUUGUCGGUCAUGAAACGUGGAACUCGAGCACAAACUAUGGACUCUAGCUUACGAAUGUCACCUCUAUGGGAUUCAGCUAAAAGGCUUCGAUUAAAUAUCAACAUGAGAGCGGUAAAUGACCAAUGGUUUUUUGAUUUAUCAUUACAAGUCGGUGAUGGAAAGGAGGAAACAUUGGACGAGUCCUUUAUUCGUAUACCUAAUAACAUAUCCAUUCCAUACACCGAUAAAACUAAUUUAGUGGACGCUCUGAUUGAUGAAAUAUUUCAUUCUUUGCAAUCCAACGACACCAAUUCAAAAUUUAUCAUUUCGAGGGUGAUAUUGUCAACUAAAAAGGAAAGUGUUGAUGAGAUUAAUAAUAAGCUGAUCGAACGAUUUUCUGGGGAGUAA